AUGGAACUAGUAAAUGUGACACAAUUGGGACAAACUCGACGAUCGGGUAUUGCUACCCUCUUAGGAGUGACGACAAUUGUAGAAAGUGCUGCAGAAACAAUUAUGCUCGAAACAAAAAGAAGCUUAUCGGCAAAUGAUUUACAAGAUGAAUGCGAACGGAUGUAUGUCACAUUAUACAGAUUAUUACGGAAAUAUUUAAAACUUCGAGAAAUACUUAAAGAAUUGAAUUCAAAUUACCAUUCUUCACGCUUUUUACCCAUCGUUCCACGAUAUAGUUUGUUAAAAUCUAUGAUAAAAAACGUAAUCAGAGAACCAACAUUUGCUGAGAUAUAUCAUGAGCCAGAUAUAUAA